UAAAGACGCGCUUAUCACGCAGCAGUUGUCAAAUCUAUAUGUACUUUACAUAAGUUAUAUUUACAAAGAAAGAGCUAUUUGAAUACGUUUUAUCAGGGAGAUAGUUAUGGAAACUAGUAUAGGACUGGCCAUGAAUCCGGCACACACAGAAGAGAGCGCGGUUUUCACGCAGCUAAAACUUGUGCGGCUGUCUGGAGCGGACGGCGCAGAUGACUCGUCCGUUUUUGAGGAAGUGAAACCCGCGAUCCGGUUGGAGAUGGAAAAGUACCUCCCCCAGACCACAUGCAGUCCCCUCCAUCCUUCAUCCAUGGCUCACACAGACAAGAAGAACCGCGGAGAGAGCCCCUCAUUUGUGGACAAGUACCUCUCAGAGGAGAAGCCCAACACAGCUCCCUACAGCAUCAACAUCAACCUCAUCCUCCCCAAAACCACCCACCUCUGCACCGGCCUGAACCGGCCCAACAAGCCCCAGCAGCACCACCAGACCCAUCUCCUCCAGCACAUCAAGACAGAGCCUGGGUUGGACGUCCCAGUGCCGUGCUCCAUCCAGACCCUGCCUGACUUCAUGUCUGUCUUCAGCAUUCCCCAGACUUUCAACACUAUGUUUAUCAAACCCGAUAUGGCCGCCAGCGGACACCCAGUUUCAGAUGCACAUACUGAGCUGCAUAUUGGCCCCCAACAACCGCAGGUCUACCAGAUGCCCAUACCCAUCAGCGGAGCUGACCUCACAAUGACACUCUCCCGCAGCAGCCAAUCAGGGACCAGCGGAGCCGGCAACGGUAGAACCAUGCUCAACCUGAACAGCGUCUCCUUGACAACGUUAGGCCACGGCGGUGGUGACUCGUCGUUUGCAAUGCCGGAGCAUUUCUACCACCCCCACGCCAAGGCGUCACCCCAGUCACAGACCCACAGCCUACCUCCCUCACCCCCCAACUCGCAGCCGGGUAGUCCUGAGAACCAGGCUGAGCUGCUGACCCCUCCGCCGCCCUUCCAGGCCUCUAGCAGACUGGGGUUAAAGGUCACCCAGAUGUCCCACCACUCCAUGCUUAUGGCCCACGGACAAGGGGUGCUGACAGGACCCAGGUACAAUCGACGGAACAACCCUGAGCUCGAGAAGAGACGGAUCCACUUCUGUGACUUCCCUGGCUGCGCCAAGGUUUACACAAAGAGCUCUCACUUGAAAGCACACCAAAGGACACACACAGGGGAGAAACCAUACUCUUGCAGCUGGGAGGGCUGUGACUGGCGUUUCGCCCGCUCUGACGAGCUGACACGACACUAUCGUAAACACACGGGAGCCAAGCCCUUCAAGUGUGUAGCCUGCAGGCAAUCUUUCUCCCGGUCCGAUCACCUUUCCCUACACAUGAAGCGCCACCAGAACUAAACACACACACACACACACACACACACACACACACACACACACACACACACACACACACACACACACACACGCUACGACCACCUGAAGCGUCACCGGAGCAGAGGGACACAUUACCACCAUCCUGAAGCCCCAGAAUGCAUUGCACUGCAUGAGGGCCAAUACAAAGAUCAAAAUGUCUGCUCCUGUAAUGGCAACAUCAUCAUAUGGACUUUCAAAGAAACAGGACACCUUCCUCCAAUUGCUCCAUGUAAUAAUGGAUGCACAUUGUAUGCCUGUCUGUCUGUAUAUACAGUUUGAAGUCGGACGUUUACGUACACUUAGGUCGUUUUUCAACCACUCCACAAAUUUCGUGUUAACAAACUAUAGUUUUGGCAAGUCAGUUAGGACAUCUACUUUGUGUAAUUUUUCCAACAGUUGUUUACAGACAGAUUAUUUCACUUAUAAUUCACUGUAUCACAAAUCCAGUGGGUCAGAAGUUUACAUACACUAAGUUGACUGUGCCUUUCAAACAGCUUGGAAAAUUCCAGAAAAUCAUGUCAUGGCUUUAGAAGCUUCAUUUGAGUCCAUUGGAGGUGUACCCGUGGAUGUAUUUCAAGGCCUACCUUCAAACUCAGUGCCUCUUUGCUUGACAUCAUGGGAAAAUCAAAGUAAUCAGCCAAGACCUCAGGAAAAAAAUUGUAGACCACAAGUCUGGUUCAUCCUUGGGAGCAAUUUCCAAAUGCCUGAAGGCACCACAAAUCAAAUCAAGUCAAAUGUUAUUUGUCACAUACACAUGGUUAGCAGAUGUUAAUGCAAGUGUAGCGAAAUGCUUGUGUUUCUAGUUCCGAUAAUGCAGUAAUAACCAACGAGUAAUCUAACCUAACAGUUCCACAACUACUACCUUAUACACACAAGUGUAAAGGAUGAAGAAUAUGUACAUAAAGAUAUAUGAAUGAGUGAUGGUACAGAACGGCAUAGGCAAGAUGCAGUAGAUGGUAUAGAGUACAGUAUAUACAAAUGAGAUGAGUAAUGUAGGGUAUGUAAACAUUAUAUUAAGUGACAUUGUUUAAAGUGGCUAGUGAUACAUUUUUUACAUACAUUUUUCUAUUAUUAAAGUGGCUGGAGUUGAGUCAGUAUGUUGGCAGUAGCAACACAAUGCUAGUGAUGGCUGUUUAACAGUCUGAUGGCCUUGAGAUAGAAGCUGUUUUUCAGUCUCUCUGUCCCUGCUUUGAUGCACCUGUACUGACCUUGACUUCUGGAUGAUAGCGGGGUGAACAGGCAGUGGUUGUUGUCCUUGUCCUCGGGUGGUUGUUGUCCUUGAUGAUCUUUAUCAAUCAAUCAAUCAAGUUUAUUUUAUAUAGCCCUUCGUACAUCAGCUAAUAUCUCGAAGUGCUGUACAGAAACCCAGCCUAAACCCCCAAACAGCAAGCAAUGCAGGUGUAGAAGCACGGUGGCUAGGAAAAACUCCCUAGAAAGGCAGAAGGGGUGGCCUCUUCUGGCUGUGCCGGGUGGAGAUUAUAACAGAACAUGGCCAAGACGUUCAAAAUGUUCAUAAAUGACAAGCAUGGUCAAAUAAUAAUCAGGAAUAAAUGUCAGUUGGCUUUUCAUAGCCGAUAAUUAAGAGUUGAAAGCAGCAGGUCUGGGACAGGUAAGGGUUCCAUAACCGCAUGCAGAACAGUUGAAACUGUUUAUGGCCAUCCUGUGACAUCGGGUGGUGUAGGUGUCCUGGAGGGCAGGUAGUUUGCCGCCGGUGAUGCGUUGUGCAGACCUCAUUACCCUCUGGAGAGCUUUACGGUUGUGGGCGGAGCAGUUGCCGUACCAGGCGGUGAUACAGCCCGACAGGAUGCUCUCGUUUGUGCAUCUGUAAAAGUUUGAGUGCUUUUGGUGACAAGCCGAAUUUCUUCAGUCUCCUGAGGUUGAAGAGGCGCUGCUGCGCCUUCUUCACCACGCUGUCUGUGUGGGUGGACCAAUUCAGUUUAUCCGUAAUGUGUACGCCGAGGAACUUAAAACUUACUACCCUAUCCACUGCUGUCCCGUCAAAGUGGAUAGGGGGGUGCUCCCUCUGCUGUUUUCUGAAGUCUACGAUCAUCUCCUUUGUUUUGUUGACGUUGAGUGUGAGGUUAUUUUCAUGACACCACACUCCGAGGGCGGAGUGUGGUUAGAAUAGCAAUGAUCUAGGGUUUUACCAGCCCUGGUAGCACAAUCGAUAUGUUCAUAGAAUUUAGGGAGUCUUGUUUUCAGAUUAGCCUUGUUAAAAUCCCCAGCUACAAUGAAUGCAGCCUCAGGAUAGGUGGUUUCCAGUUUAUAUAGAGUCAAAUAAAGUUCGUUCAGGGCCAUCGAUGUGUCUGCUUGGGGGGGAAUAUAUGCAGCUGUGAUUUAUAAUCGAAGAGAAUUCUCUUGGUAGAUAAUGCGGUCGACAUUUGAUUGUGAGGAAUUCUAAGUCAGGUGAACAACGUCAACAGUGUAGAGGCGUCUCCGGCCAAUAAAAUAAAAGAUUAAGAUGGGUAAAAGAACACAGACACUGGACAGAGGAACUCUGACUAGAAGGCCAGCAUCUCGGAGUUGCCUCUUCGCUAUUGAAGUUGAGACUGGUGUUGUCCACUUGCUCAGUUGUGCACCGGGGCCUCCACUCCUAUUUCUAUAUUGUUUAGAGUCUGUCUGUGCUGUUCUGUGAAGCGAGUAGUACACAAGGACUGGUCUGAUGAGUCCAAAUUUGAGUUUUUUGGUUCCAACCGCUGUGUCUUAGUGAGCCACAGAGUAGGUGUACGAAUGAUCUCCGCAUGUGUAGUUCCCACCGUGAAGCAUGGAGGAGGAGGUGUGAUGGUGGGAUGGGAUGGCGUGUCUCUGCAGAAUUCUGUGGUAGCCAUGCUGGUGACACUCUCACUGAUUUAUUUAGAAUUCAAGUCACACUUAACCAGCAUGGCUACCACAGAAUUCUGCAGAGACACGCCAUCCCAUCUGGUUUGCGUUUAGUCGGACCAUAAUAUGUUUUUCAACAGGACAAUUACCCAAAACACACCUUCAGGCUGUGUAAGGGCUAUUUGACCAAGAAGGAGAGUGAUGGUGCUGCAUCAGAUGACUUGGCCUCCACAAUCAAUACAAUCUUUCGGGAAGUAAUGUUUAUAUUUAGAAACAGUAAUGUUGUAAUGUUUAUUAUUUCAUAUCUGCAACCAUGGAGACAAACCUCUUUGUCAGAGGAUAGCGAUAACAUUACAUUAUCCUACAUAUAUUUACAGUUUUAUCUUCUAUAGUUUGUUCAACAGUUUUACAUUAUUAUUUGGAUUAUUAUGGUUUAAUGUUAAUUAGUCUUGCACUGGAACCUCACUAUUUAUGUAUAAAUGAAGAGUUUCAUUCCAAAAUGCUACAUAUAAACAUUUUCAGAAAUGUUGGUAUAUUAGCUUUCAUAGUUUACAGAAAUGAUGAAAGAGAUUUGUGUGUUUCUUCACUAUCUAAUCAUGGCAUGGGGUUGUUCAAUGACAGACAUCUAUAAAAUAUAUUACUUGAUAAUAAUAAUUAUAAUCAUGUUUUUUGGCUAAAUGCAAUAUAUGUGCCCCACUCUCAGCGAAAUAAGUAGUACUGCUAGGUUUUACAUAGUCAAGCGUAACAAAUGACAGCAUUUUUAAAAAUAAAGAACUGUACUAAUUAUACAUUAUAAAAAGUAGCAAAUACGGUAAUAUGAGAUCUCUAUGUAAAACAUUUACAUUUGACAUUUUAGUCAUUUCAGCAGACGCUAUUAACCAUGGCAAUUUACAGUAAGUGCAUUAAUCUUAAGAUGGCUAGGUGAGACAACCACAUAUCACAGUCAAAUGCUGUAUAGAGGAAAUGAACAUUCCAUUCCAGCUAAACAAUGGAUGUAUAGUGUUUUGCAAACAUCUAUGAAUAAAAAAUCUGUGAACAUUAAUAUUAUACACAAACAUGAAGGUACCCAUAUGCAAUCAUGAUGAAGCAAUUUCUGAUGAAAAAACACAGAUGUGAAAAAUUGGUCGAUGUCGUGUUUUUGAAAUAAACUCUUAAUUUAUUGAGUUGAACCGAAUCAUAUUGGCAU